UGAAGUUGGGCAACGGGUGAUAUUUAUCGUAUCGAUGGCCACUGCCUACUUUUUUCCGCUAUAAACCUGUGAUUAUAAUACAUGACUCCAUUCCGCGUUUUGUCACCUCCCAAUGUGUGUGUAUAUAUAAAUAUAAAUAUAAAACGCAUCUCCUUUGCCACUGUUCUAUUUCUAUCACUUGUUCCUUCUCGGUUGCUAACAACAUCUCUCGCCGAGACAUUGACUCGAACAAUCCCAGGCGCCUUUUUGUGAUUAAUCAGCGCCCUUUUGGUUGGAGUAGCGAUGAAGGUGCAGUGCGACGUGUGCGCGGCCGAGGCGGCCUCCGUCUUCUGCUGCGCCGACGAGGCCGCGCUGUGCGACGCGUGCGAUCGCCGCGUCCACCGCGCCAACAAGCUCGCCGGGAAGCACCGCCGCUUCUCCCUCCUCCACCCCUGUUCUUCCUCUUCCUCCGCCGCCGCACAGAAGCCGCCGCUCUGCGACAUCUGCCAGGAGCGGAGGGGCUUCUUGUUCUGCAAGGAGGACAGGGCGAUCCUGUGCCGGGAGUGCGACGCGCCGGUGCACAGCGCGAGCGACAUGACGAGGCGGCACAGCCGGUUCCUGCUCACCGGCGUGCGCCUCUCGUCGGCGCCGGUGGACUCUGCUGCUGGCCCGUCAGAGGAAGAGGGCGAGGAGGAGGAGAACAGCAGCAGCCCCUGCAACGACGACUCCUGCAGCGGCGGCGCCGGCGGUGCCGGGGCGACGACCACGCCGAGCGCCAGCGACGGGAGCAGCAUCUCCGAGUACCUCACCAAGACCCUGCCCGGGUGGCACGUCGAGGACUUCCUCGUUGACGACGCGUCCGCCGGCGACGUCGGCGCCGCCUGCUCGGACGGCCUCUAUCAGCAGGGGCAACGUGGACACAUCAGUGGGGUGCUCCAAGAAGAAGCUUACACGCCGUGGACGGGGCGGGAGCAGGUGCUCGGUGACGUCGCCGACGAGCGGGCCAGCUGGGAGCUGUGGGUGCCGCAGAUGCACGCGGAGUUCGCCGGCGACAGCAAGCGACCCAGACCGUCGCCUUCGCCUCCCUGUUCGUACUGGUGAUUGAUUGGUGAAAAACUCGCCGUCUUCAGUAAGAUGAUUUGUACUGGCCUAAUUCGAAGGUACUAGUACUGUAGGAACGAUGAGAAAAAUGAGCCAAAAAGGGAACGGGCCGGUGCUUCCCCUGUUCGAUUAAUUGGGUCGAUUAUUUCGAUCGAGCUCGUUCCAAAUUGUUCGCUGCCUAAAGCCAAACUUUCCAAAAAGGGAACCGUGUUUCCCCGUUCGAUUAAUCGGGUCGAUUUCGAUCGAGAGCUCGUUACAGAUUCCAAUUGUUUGCGGCCUAAAACCAGACUUUCUGAA